CCCACACUCAACUCGACAUAACCAUCUUGUAUCACCAGUCUCGCUCAUAGUAAUGAUAUUUAUAUUCUUUAUAUUCUCGGAUUCCUCCCCUCGAUGGACCCUAAUCCUAGCUUCACUCUGACCGCACAGAAAACACGACUGUGCUAAAGAGUCAUUCUGACAUUCAAACAUCAACUUCUGAAAAGCAGCUUAUAAUACUUCAUUCGGCCUUCAAUUUUACUAUUAGCAAGCUUUUAUAUUCGCUUUCUUCGGCUCUCGAAACAAGUAUAUCUUAAAGGUAGCAAGCAGCCUGCGCAAACCUGCAUCUCGCAUCGAACCAUCCCCAGACAGUCGCAUGUAACUUUCCGUCAUGGGGACGCUACUACACAGAGCAUAAAUACUGGUUAUCUGCUUCCAAAGCGUACCGUUUUUGCAGAUGUGGAUAUCAUGGCAUACUGUGUCGUCUGCUUAUCAUGGUUUGCACGUUCGUCUCCUCUGAAUUCAAGGCUGGUUAUAACAUAACCAUUCUAAUCUGCGAGGCUUAAUUUUCUGCUUUCCUUUUCAGAGAAGGUCAUCCUUGAUUUUAUCACAGAGAAAGAGGAACAUGUAUGUGAAAAUAUACGUGGUGCCAAUUGGAUAUCAGAGAGACAACAAUCGCCGCGGAUUGGUGGCCUCGCACUGGCUGCUGGGACCGACUGGAGUAAUGCACUAUGUUAGAUUAGAGGGCACGUUUCAUGUGUUUUUGUAUUCUGCUCGUUAUAUCGACUUUCGUCUCCUUGUUUUCUAUAUUCUUCCGCACCCAAUAUUUGACCGAGCGCGGGCCGCCGUUGAGUCAGAAUAGUAACGCUGGGCGGUGUAUAUUCACAUUUCUAUAUUCCCAGGUAGUCUCUCUCCACCAGAUUCGAUAGCUUCCAUGGGAACAUAGCAGCUAUAUAUCCCUGGUCUACCCAUAUAUCAACACCAGUCAAAAUAAUAUGGUGGGUUUGGGCGAGUUCUUCGCUGCCGCCAAGGGGAAGAGAAAAGCGUCCGGAAGGCGUCACAAACCCGGGGGCAGCGAUCCAAACCAAGCAUGGUCCCUGAUACCCGGUAUUCCAAACCUGGUUGAUCUAACCGCAGGGGUUAAAGAUAUAUGGGAAGGGUAUAACAGCGAGAGGAAUGGGAGAGUAUACCGGGACGAAAUGCGGAAAACCGGAGACGCAGUCAGGCAAGGCAUCCCCAGCAUUCAAACAUGCGCACAAUCUCUGGCCGUCUUCUUCAAGCGCAAAAACGCGUUCGAUCUGUUUUCGGCAUUCCUUGACGGGCUGCGAGUCGUCGCUCAGUUCGUUGAGGUUCUUCAGGGACGGUCUGCUCUUGAGGAGAUCGGCCGUGACAUCCAUCGUGAGCUGCAGGCACAGACGGGGUUGAAAGCUCCCAAAACCUUCGCAAAGCAGGUCUAUAAAGUUAUCAGGCAUCAAACCUCGUUGCUUCACGAAGAUGGUGUCCCGCAUUUCUACUUCCUGUACCACCCAGACACCGACUGGCACGGGUACUUCUUCGACAUCGUUUCUCAAAACCCGCUCCCUCCGAACCUCCUGGGCGUAUCCGAAAACCUGGACGCCCUCUGCCUGUGGAUGAUCUUCCUGAGACAGCAUCUUGACAGAGACGACAACAGAAGAGCGCGGUUCCAUCUCAUCAUCCCCGCCUAUCGACCUAUGCUCAUCAAGGAUCCGCUGAUUUUCCCAGACAAGCUAUUCCCGCUUACUGUCCAGGGCCUAAAGCACGACUCCAAGGAGUACGUCUGGUUUAACCUACCGACCCUAAACGACACCCACGCCUACUCUCUUGACCUGAAAGAUGUCGGGAACAUAUAUCAGCCGCCGAGUAACGGUCAAGACGCUGCGGCAGCGACCACAUUUGCCGCCUCCACCGCAGGGUGGAUCGGGAUAACCCUCUGGGCAACCUCCCUGGCAGCCCCGAUCCUCGCCCCCUUUGUCCUUAUGGGUUCAGGGGUGAGUGGCAUGGUCGGCGCCGUGCAGGCUACCAAGCAUGUCCAUGAAUCCUUUAAACAGAAACUACCCCGAGUGCUGGGACAGCAGCGCAUAGAUGACGAUAACGCGGAGUGUGGUGAUGGCAAUGGCAACAACAACAACAAUAACAAUAACGGGAGCAGCGCUGACAGCACGAACCAGCCUGUAAGUGCGGGGGAGUUCACGGUUCAGCCGGGUACUCAUAUAGUAUCCCACAGGCGCCACUACGAGCAUGAGAACCGCCGACGGCGCCGUAGACGACACCGGUAGUAAACUCGACUCGUGAGUCGCUUGCGGAUGGGGUUGCUCCUAUGUCAUUUCUUUUCUAUACGACAUCUAUAUUUUUUUUAUUUUCGCGACCUUUAUUUACAGGGAGGAUAGGUGCCAAAUGAGCACCUCCCUUUUUAUUACUAUUUUGUUAUUUUUAUUUUAUAAAGGCUAACUAAUUAUUCUCCUUACUCUAAUAACUAUGACCUAGAAGCUAGAAACUACCUGAUUAUCAAGAUCUCCAGCUGGAGUAGGUCGUAUAAACAGCCGACAUCCGUACCACUUCUUAUUAUUUCUAACUCUGGUCAUACAUAAUUACAACUUGAGAUUGUUCUCAAUUUCGUUAUCCGCAAUCCCCCAUGGAAACUUGCUGUACUAUGAUGUAAAGCGAACGAAGAAGCAAUAGAUAUCUCUAAUACUAAUUCAUCUCUAGAAUAGCAUAUAAAAUUUACACUGCCC